UACCGCUGGAUGCGUUAAUUACGCAUCACUUAGCUGUUGCCAAUGUGUUCACAACGGUGGACCCUCUUUUGGGCUUUUUACAACGUUUGUCUUCAUUUUUCGGUCAAUCUAGUAUGGAAAGUAGACAACAAUGGCUUACCAGGCUGAAAAAUGAACUUAGCAACAGUCCGGUGGUAUCAAAUGUGGCUUUUGGCUUUAUCCUCAUGGGACUAGAGAAGCUGGUGGAGCUGGAGUUUGAGUGUCCUUGCAACCCUACAUGGAACGGAGUGUUUUCAUCAGCAUUCUUCAUCAUUCCUGCCGUCAUGGCCUUCACUUUGAUGCUGAUCAUUCAAGGAUGCAGAUGUGAUAUGUGGUGCAGGAAAACUAUUUCCCUCUCCAGUUUUGUUCCUGCUAUCGUGUGGCUGAUUUUGUUGUUCCUCGAUGGCCAAUACUUUGCUUGUGCUAUGACAGACUGGGAGGGUAGAUUUGUACUAGUUGACAAGGCAGCUCCACAGAAGUGGUGUGAGCCAAUAAGUGAGGGAGAUGUCACCCCACAAGAAUUAAUGCUCCGCUCACAGCAGCUUUUUGUUUUCUCUCAGGUUAUAGGCAUAAUCCUCCUAAUUUUCAUCUGUGUGGGUCUCGUAGUGUAUGUAAUCAGAGAAAGUUGCCAACAAGAGGUGCAGAUGCAGGAUGCAGAUGUAGCCGAGCUCACUGUUCUCAGGAUGAGCUCUCCACAGUCCAGGACAUCAUGAGAGAACUUACACCACCCACCACAUCUGCUCUGCUUGCAUGGACACUUUGUAAAUACCCUAAACAGACAUUACUAUGAGUUUUUAUAACAACUGUUAAUUGUUUGAAAGUAUUUUACCUUAUAUAAAGUGGGCAUAGGGCUUGAAUGGUCAAUGAUGCAGCCGUAUGAAGUUGCUGUAAAUCUGGAUAUAAUUGAUAACUGUUUCUGUUUUUUUCUGAUUAUUAGUGAAUAUGUAACUGGUGUUGUGCCUGUAUUCAUCUCCUACUUCAGUGCAUCAAUUUAUUAGCUUUUACUUAUCUUUAAAAUUAAUGGUUUGAUAUGUUGGAAAAUAUGCUUAUUUGCUUUUUGCCAAGAGUUAUAGAGUGGUAAACAGUCUGAUUCUGUCCACAGGCAACAAAAUAAGCUUGCCAACAAGGUCACCAAUUCAUCUGUAAUAUCUUGCUAGUUUGAGAUGUACAGAAACUUGUAUAAAAAUGAUAAUUUGUUGUUUUACAGGGAGUUAUGUGCUAGAUAUUUCUUGUAUAUAUGGAGCAGUGGCCAGCCGACCAACAGAGACUCCAGGAAGUUUCUGCAAGAGAUAGUCUAGUGAAUAACCCCCCAUUGUUUAAACUGUGCAUUUAAAGUUGUUUCACUUUGGUACAUUUUGUUAACUUUUGAAUUGUCAGUCAGCUGCUCUCAGUCAGUAUUGCUUUCCUUUGUCUUUUUAUACACUGAAAAUAGUAUUUCAUGUUUUUUUAACCUGGAAUAUUUUCGUGCCUUUUGUAUUAGCUAAACAGUGUACUGACACAAGUGGGAUCCAUCAGGCAGCUUAUAUCGACCUGACUAAUAUUAGUUGACUUGUACUAUUAUUUGAGGUGUGUGUGCCAAAAAUGAAAAUGUUCCAUAAAAUACUUGUUUUUCUACCUGGGUAGAAAACAUCUCCAGACUUAUAGGGUUGGACGCUCUCCAUGUGUAAUCCAGCCUAAUUCAGACUGAACUGAUAUUCCUAAUGAUUUACUUGUUUGACAGCUAGAGAUGUAAAACCAUGUACAUGAUCAUUUGUAUCAUGGCUGCAACCAGCCAAUAGUAGGAUGUAGACACUAUAGUAGGAUGUAGUAUUUUCAGUAUGUUUUUUUAUUGUUUUGUAAUAAAAGAAAACUUAUUUAUUGAAGUAAACCGUCAGGGAUGUUGUACAGUCAUGUCAUAUUAACCUCUUUUCGUUAAUGUUUUCGUUUCUACAAUCAUCACAAGCAGACAAUCUUGGGAAUUUGUCUUAGUUGUGAAACUAGGUUUUACUGUAACACCUCUCUAGCAAAUGAAUUCUACAAAAACCAAUACACUGUUGAACUGAACAUAAUCGUUUGAAUUACAAAUGCUGCUGUUUUGACGUUCACAGUAAAGUAUGGGAACAUUAGGAAUAUCCUUUCAACAUUUAGUGGGCUUAUAUUAAAUGUCUAACCUCUCAGUAGAGCACAGCUGAAACAGGGGCCCUUCAGUAAACAAAACAAAAAAAACAGCAGAAUAAUCCGUUUAACACAUGGUGUCUACAGAGGAAACAACCAUAAUCUGUAGACUUUGUGCACCUUUGUGUCUUAGGACAGCCUUUAUCCAGAAGAGACUGUGGUUCAAUGCAUUUAUGGGCUGGUCUUUCUGCAGGUCUGCCAAAACCUGACAGCAGUAGUGUAGUUCUCUAUUUCUUGUUAUUUAGAAGUUUAGCCCAUUAAGUGUAGAAAUUGGGGCAGGCCCGGCAUGUUCUUCCUGAGGGAGAGCUUAUUCAGGACUUCCUGGAUGGCCCUGAGGAAGUUGUUGUCUUUGUCCACUCACCUCCCCCACUUUUAGACUCAGCAGGGUGUCGUAUUCAACAGCAAAAAAUGUAGACCCACUAUUGGGACUCAAAGGAGUCUUGAACUACUUUACUUUCUUUAUGAGAAAUAAACUGUUUGAUUUUGGAAGACCUUGACAAUAAAUUAUUCUUGCCCAAAGUAGCUGGUCUAUCACUCUUAUGACUUUCAGUCGUAAUUUGGCAAAUGUUGCAGCUUUUUUGUAAUGUAUAUUUCCCCUACAAAAGUUCUCCCAGUUGUCCAAGUAUUAAGGGACAACGUCAGGGACUGGGAGAACUUAAUACAAAAUGGCAAUUCUCUUAAGCCACAGGCACUACUGUAUAUGACAAGGCUCCCAGUCCAAAAUAUUCAUCACAAUUAACAUGUAACAAUCUGACAAGAGUUCACCCUGAGUUUUAACUUGUAAAUAUGAGAGCAUUAUAAAAAAGUUUAAGUAAAGUAAAAUAUUUUGUUUUGUCUCAGUCCUGAGCCAGUUGUUCCUUUGUUACAUGAAGGCAGAUAGGUAAAUUCUGCUUCCUCAGACAUAAUAUGUUAAAGGUAUGUAUGUUUUAUAUAAUGUUAUAUGCACGCCUUAUUGGUUAAGUAAAGAUUAGCACACUUACUGUCCUGCACACGUACUAUUAAAUCAUUACUGAGAUCUGCUCUCACUGUAUCACGUAAUUUGUUUUAAGAAGACAGUCAGAGAUUAAAUUAAAAUUGUUAUUAUCUAUAGUAUGCCUACCAUUUUAGACCAUAGAAGAAAUUAGCAAAGCACUGAGUAUUUUUAAACAUAUAUCCAUAUGCAAAUUCUUACAUUUUCACCAUUC